AUGGGUUGUAAGAAGGUAAUAAAAGUGAAGCGUCUAUAUUUUGAAGAUGGUUGGGAUUUGUUUUUUGAGUCUUUGGGAGUAUUCCCUGAAGAACUGUCUUCAAAAGUGGAAAACAUUGCACUGAUUGUGGCAGACGAAUGUGAGGGUUUUCCCCUGGCUAUUGUUAGAACCGCAACAAGCAUGAAGGGGGAAACAAAAGCUGGAGAAUGGAGACAUAUGUUGGAAUGUCUUGAAAACCUGGGCAAUGGGCAAUAUGAAAUGGACAAAUGGAUGGCUGAUCAUUUGAUAAGAAGGUUUGUUUAUGAAAGCAUUGAUGAGAGAAAGAAGUUGAGGUUGCAGUAUAAUGAAGGCCGGAAGAUGUUGCAUAAAUUAAAGGGUCAUAGCAUGUUGGACAAAUUCCUUAGGGUCCUGGCUAUUGGUAUUGUGGAAGAGACUAGUAAAAUUAUGAGAAAAGCUUAUGAGCAGUUAACAGAAGUACCAAGUGAUGACCAGUGGGAAGAAGAUCUACAAAAAGUUUUUCUGACGGGAAACAACAUACAAACAAUUCCAGAUGGCACAUGUCCUAAGUGUUCUCAACUUUCGACGUUGCUUUUGGAUGGUAAUGUGAAACUCGGCUAUAUUGCAGAUGAGUUUUUCAACAACAUGCCUGCUCUUAAAAUACUUGAUUUGUCUAGGACAAGGAUCAAGUGUUUGCCCGAAUCGGUGUCUAAAUUGGAAUGUCUCAUUGCAUUAUUACUUUCUGGAUGUGUAGAAUUGAGUUACAUUCCUUCAUUAAGAAAAUUGAAAAGGCUAAUAUCAUUGGAUCUAUCUUUUACUGCCAUUACCAAAGCACCUGGGGGCUUGGAAUCAUUGGUUAAUCUUAGAUGCCUAAAUCUACUCACUGAAGAUAAGCUGGAAAUGUCAGAUUUGCUCCUAUCCAAAUUGAUCAAUUUAGAGUGUCUUAAGGUGGGUUGGGCCCAAUGCUUAACGGAUGCGACAGGACAAAGUACACAAGAUUUGGAAAAGUUUAAAGUUAUAGUAGCCUAUUUUCGUGACAUUGGCUAUUUUAAUGCCUUUGUGAAGUUCCCGCCCUUUAGGGAUGCAAUCAGAAGCUAUUGCUUAACUUUAAAGGAUAGUAGUUACAAUCGCGACCCAAGUGAUGGUCUUUUCGAUAAAGAUUAUAUUAUUAACCAUUCCAAGAAAAAGGUGGUCAUUGAGGAUAUUUUUUUGGCAAAUAAAAACGUAAGACUCCCUCCAGACAUGAAGGAGUUGGAUAUCAGUGAUUGUCACGGUUUAGAGUACUUGUGUUGUAGCAGUGGCCUCUCUUUCCCCUCCUUCCAACAUGUUCAAACUCUACGCCUCUGGCGUUUAUGGGGCUUGACAGAUUUAGUGUCACCAAAUGCUGAUUUCUUGCAUCAAUCCACCCUAUUUUCUCAUCUCGCAGAUCUUGAAAUUGGGGGAUGUAACAGCAUGAAGACUCUGAUGCCGUUUAAGUUAUUAGCACUUCUCCAAAACCUGAGCACCAUUUCCGUUAAUAGUUGUGAGAAGAUGGAAGAAAUAGUUGGAGAGGAUCAUUCUGUAAUGGAAGUUACUCAUGGCGACGCCCUCAUGGCCCUUCUGCAUGACAACUUCUCUCACCCUACUAUUGAACUUCCCAUGUUGACAUCUCUGAAAUUAGAUAACAUGCCACAAUUAGAUGUUGUAUAUAGAGGCAUCAUGCUCUGCCCUUCUCUCCAAACAUUCUCUGCUAUUCAGUGCGAGCGACUAAGUCUCCCUCGAAUGAAUAAUGGAACUGAGCUUCUGAUAGGGCUGACCUCGGAUGGGUGCUACUGGGAAAAGUGA